UUUUCAAAAAAUGCCUACCCUGAUUUGCCCUGAGGGGGAGAAUUCGAAAAGGAGGGGAGGGGGAAUCGAAUUCGAGGGGGAAAGGGGGAGGGAAUCAAAACUGAGGGAAGGGGUGAAGCGAAAUGGAGGGGAGGGGGGGGGGGGGGGGGGGGGGGGGGGGGGGGAGGGAGGGGGGAACGAAACGGAGGGGAGGGGGGUGGGGGUUCGAAACGGAGGGGAGGCGUGGAAGCGAAACGGAGGGGAGGGGGGAAGCGAAACAGAGGGGAGGGGGGAAGCGAAACGGAGGGGGAGGGGGGGGGGUGGUGGGUUCGAAAAUGGAGGGGGAGGGGAGAGGAUCGCGCCCCGCAACAACAGCAGCAGUAUCAGCAACCAUAGCCAGUACAGCAACAGCAACAUCAGCAACAACAGCAGCAACAACAACAGCAACAACAGCAACAGCCAGGCAUC